GGUGUCUCAGUUUGUUUAUUAAUAGCAGGUGGUAGAGGUGUUGUGCUUGGUACGCGGGAAAAGGGAGAAAACAAGAGUUUGAAGCAUGGCGACAAAGCUGAAUAAGAAGGCUCGUAAAAAGCUAUUUGGUGUAGUAGAAUCUACAGAGACUUGUGAUGUCUCCAGUUUUCAUAUAACUCCCGUGCCAGGAGACGUUUCGUUCAAUGUCGAUGAAACUUUGGGAGAAAGGGAGCACCUUGCUAGAACCAACGAGACCUUUCAGAUCGAAGACGGUGACGCUGGCGUGGCCGCAGUGAAUAACACUUACGUCGUAGGUGAGGAUUCUAUGGUUGCACCGGACACGACGGUCCACAGCCCCCGAGAGGAAGAGGAAGACGACGACGACGAGGAGGAAGAGCUCUCCGGCGCCCAGCAGGUCGAGUGGGUGGAGGUGGUGGUCCUGCACUGCGCCAGCUGCUGCCGGGUGCUGGGCGAUUCCCUGGCCGUGUGCGGCGAAGUGGAGCGCCUCAGCUGUAUCAUCUCUCUGCGAGUAACAAACAACGUGAUGGUGAACGAUAACCUUGAAUUCGGGCUUCAAGAUUGGCUGACUGGCUGCGCUUAUUACGGCCUCCGCUGUGCUGGCUGCCGCGGGGUCGUGGGACUGGUGCUGUAUUCGUCCCCCCCGAAGCUCUCGGAGCUCCGGGGUCUCUUCCUCUUGCAGAAGGAGAGGAUCGUCUGUUAUGUUUUGAAAUCCAGCACAAUGGUGACGGCUGUCAAUGUGUGCUUUAACAACAUAAUGUUGGGCGAGGAUAUCUCGCAGUUAAAGAAGCGGCUUCUUGCCAUCAACCAUCGCCUGAUGGUGGUUGAGGAGAAACUAUCCAGGGCUUUGAAGAAAGUGCCUUAGGAGGCCGGAGGGGGAUGCUGACCCAAGCCGUGGAUAUUGGAUACCUGGGCCAAUCCAAAAAAAAAAGGCCUAUUUAGAAAGUACUUGUGAGUCAUGAGUCUGAAGCACUGCAAGGACUACAAAUACAUUUAAGUACACCUGUGGAACAUGUUAAUUGCAUUAACUUCACAUUUUGGGUUUUUUUUCUACCCACAGUGUACAAACAAGAUUCAGGUCUUAAGGCUACUAAGAGAAGGGAUCCAAUUUAGCAAACCCACUUGUGUUGUAUGUUGUACUCCUUUCAUAUGGGGAAAUUGUUACUUUUGUCUCUGACUUGCCAGUCUUUUGCAAACCAGGUAAAUGUCCCCAUGGUCAUUGAGGAAUGUUGGAAGGGCACUUUGUGGUGUUCCACUGCUGUGAGCCCUGCUCGGCACGUACCAUGUGAGGGCAGGUUAAGUUCCAUGGACACCAUGGAGGGUUACCAGGGUUCGGCUCGUUGCUGGGUGAAAAGAGGAUCUACCGUCUAGUCACAUCACAGGGGAAGUUAGCUCUGUCAGCAUGAGAGCUAAAGGAGUGAGAAGAUCUACUGAAUGAGUUUUGUUUUUCUAGUUGCUUCAGUUAUUGUGGGGAAAUGUUCCAAUGUCAUUUGACAGGGCUCCCCACUGACUUGUUCAGUUUACUUUUGUUACACACAUGUAACUUCUGAGGUCAACUGCGAGGUGGAAUUGUCACAUUUUUUGUAUUAAAAUGCAUAUUGCAAACACUU